AAAAUAUCGAUCCACUCCUGUCAUUGCUGUUCAGAAUUUUCUGUCCCAUCAGUUUUGCAAAGUUCUGCUGGUGGUGUACGAACAAAUUCGGUCGCGUUAGAAUUGCGUGAUUCCAUUCGGCUAUCAAUUAGCCCUCGGGGACGUUUCAAUUGGCACAGUUAACGGGAAGCGAACGACGACGGAAUGUUCCUGCGUGUGCAGCUGUUAGCGCUGGCCCUGGCAGUGACGCUGGUGCAAAGUUCGAGUGCAUACUACAGUGGACCGUUCCUAUUUUGGGGCCUGGAUGAUCUGAAGGACCUGCAAACGCCAGCGCUGACCGAGCUGGACGAUAAGAUGCUGCGGGAUCUCUACUCGAAUGCGGCCGCUGUUGUGGUUUUCCUCAGAAACGGAACUACCAAACUGUCGGCAGAUAAUUUCCCCACAUUUAAGCGCAUUGUGGAAAAGUACGAAUUUAUGUACAGCCCGCAGCAAAUGUUGAGCUCCAAUCCGCUCGAUUAUAAUGUGAAUGCUGAGGUUAUCAACCUUGUUGGAUCCCCGUCCCAGCAGGAUGUGGAGCUGUCGGCACUGUUCCGUGACUCGACGGAAAACUAUGGCGAACGGAAGGUACUGGGAAUUCUGGCCAACCAAUGGGAAGAGCCGCACGUGCUGCACAAGCGCGAAGCUAAGGGUGGCGAAGAUCUCUACUCGACCAGCAGUACGACACCCGGCAGUCCUACGGAUGAGCCGGAAAUAGCCGACUCCAUCUACAACGUACCGGGAAAAGCGAUCCUGUACAUGACGGGUCCGCCAGUGUUGAAGAUGCUGAACGAUUCGGACGAGGGCGAAACAACGCACGUGCUGGACAAGCACACGCUCGCCACGUACGAUGCACGAGAGCGCGAAAGUAAAAUGAUUGUCACGUUUAAGGUGGACGAUUCGACAAAGCUUACGCUGAAGUUCCGAUUCGAUAUGGAUGCUGGAUAUUGGUCGAUGUCCAAGGUGGAUGUGUUUGUGAUGGACACCAAGAGCAAGGACGGUGCCAAGACACUCGACACGACCCUCGAACUGGAGGGUAAAGCACCAUACGCGCCACUGGGCGCAUCGUACUCUUGCGCCCGUCAGCUUGUAUUCCGCAAUGGCACCACCGUGCUGACGUUGGAGAACAUACAGGUACAGCCAGCUCUGGAUGGGAAGACUAAGUUUGACAGUGCCUGGGACUGUGUCGGGUUCACCACGGCCCCGAUCCUGUCCGGCAUCUUCGUGACGUCCUUCAUGCUGAUUGGGCUCACCAUUGCGAUCAUUGCAAUACUGGACAUCAAAACACCGAACCGGUUCGAAUCGCGCACCGGCAAGCAGUUGACAUUCACGGUCCAGGAGUAAGUCACCGGGACGAUCUCGAGUACGGGGAUGAAAGUGUUUGCGUCAACUUUCUUCUCCCGCACCGUUAGCCGUGUGUAAGUGUUAACCUUUAACAUAAGGCAGCUGAUGAAGUGAAGGAUGAGCCCUCGCACUGUUGUGAACCGGGACAGUCGGUCUGUAGCUGAGAGCAAGUUUGACCACACAGUAAUGGUUGUGUCGGUUUACGAGUUGAAAUGAGAAAUAGAAACGAACAAACAGGUAUUGCACAGUACAGUUACAAUCGGGGGCAAACAUCAUCAUUGUCACGAACUGGCAGUCGUAGCUAGAUUAAGUUUCCGGUUCUUCUCACCCAUCUGCGAUGUAUAGUGUAAAUGGCUCUAUCUUACCUACAUUUUCGUUUAAUCUUCUGCUAGUUUCGAGCAAAGUUCAUGUUCCACGUACGAUCGUUUGAUUGUGUUGUAAAGUUAUGAUUACUACUUAUUGAUAUUAGGAGAGAACCCGCGCCAUCUUGAAAACAGGGUUAACCGUUUCGGACUUACAAAGUUUAGACUCAACCGCGAUAUUAAGAGCGCGAUCGAUCGUACCGAAUGAGAGAUUACAUCUUACACACCCGGCAAAAUGCUUGGGCGUUGCUUCACAAAAACUGGAUACGCAACACGGAAGAUGGGAAAAUGUUAAUGUAAAGUCCAGGUAGCUUAAGCGAGCAAUAAAUAUCUUCUCUCACCGUGCAACACUCCAAA